AUGGCCGAAAACUCAGAGUUCGCCACGACCAUCUUGACGUCGACGCUGCCCAGCGAUGUCGCCAACUUUAUCCCCCACUCGUUGGACCUAUCGCAGAAUUUGAUUGAGAAGAAUUUGGUGGUGUGGUUUUCCAACUAUACCAAGAUGCUUAUCAAGUAUAACCAGGACUUGAACUUGUUGGUGGCCAAUGGCCGGGACUUUUUCAGCAACUCUGGCCAGGAGUUUGGAUCCAUCGAUAAGAUUUGGAACUGUGUGGCUUCGUGUGUUACUUCGCAGAUUGGCGCCAACGACUCGUUGAUUAAGGUCAUGAGGAACGAUAUUCUCUCUCAAUUGAGUGCUGCCACUCGUGACGACGUUCGGUUUUCCGAGCUUGUGGUGAACUCGAAGGAAUUGACGGAGAUUAGCCAGGCUUUGGAGAAGAACGACCCCAACGGCGAGUACCAGUGGAACGUUAAAGCGCCAGCGGUUCUUUCAAACUUUGAAAACUUUAAGCGUAACGAGAAGAACUUGUUGUCGAGCAGUUUCUUGAGCUAUAUGAAUGCGGUCAACUCGAAGACGUCUGAGGUGUUGCACAAGAACGAAAACGCCGUCAACUACAUUUUGAAGGAAUUCAACGUUGAUCAAGAAAUGAACGCGUAUGUCGAUUAUAUGGUCAACUCUAAGGUUCAGCCUCCUGCUAGAGACUUGGCUGCUGCCCAACAGGCUCCUCCUGCUGCAGCCGCUGCUGGUCUUGGCCUGGCUGCUUCUCUGUCUCCAUCCAAGAACCACAGCUCCAGAGCUUCGGUAUCUAGUGGCCUGGGUGAACCUAAGAAGAAGCUGAAGUUGCGUUCUAAGAUGGGCUCUCUUCUUGGCCGUAAGAAGAAGAACGAUAAGCAUGCUUCCUCUACUCCGGUUGAUGCUAUCCCAGAAGACCAGUCUGUGUCGUCCGUUCCUUCUAGACAGAACACAAGCUUCUCGACCCGCCAUUCGCUCGCUGAACAACCACUGCUGGCUCAGAAGCAGCCCCAGGUGGAAAGAGGUCUGUUUGUAGCCCCAGUCUCCGGAAACGGCCCAUCUUCUGGCCAACCUGCUGGCCCAUCAUCUGUUCCUGGUCCUUCUGGUGCUGGUCCUCUGUCGGCCAUCAGAAGCCAGACCUUCAAUGAAACUGUUCCGCUUCAGCCAAGUGCUCCACAAAAGAAGGAGGAGCAGCCACCUGUGAGCCUGCGUUCGCUGACUCACGAGAGACAAGACCAUGAAGGACCUAACCUCGUCAAGUACACCUCUUCCGACGAAGACAGUGACGGUCCUACUGAUGCACAGGGCAACCGUUUGUCCAUGUUACAGACUCACCAAUUGGAUCACCCACCAAAGGUUGAACCUGGCUCCGAAGACCGUUCUCGUAACACUUCCUCUGGAAAGUAUAGCUUUGACUAUGGUGAUGAAGAGAAGGACCUUUCCGCUAAGGCUACUCCAAAGACGGCUAAUGCACCUGAUUUCCCUUCGUUUGGUGCUGUUCCAUCAACAGACGCUACUGGUCGUCCUGGCCUGCUUAGCGAUGUCCCACCAACCAGCGCUACUGCUGCAAACAUUGCUGAUGAAGUUGGCCCACCAUCUGAGCCUCCUUCGUCUUAUGGCCUGGAGGCUUCUAGCCAAUCCAAUAACCGCCAGUCUAACACUUUAGCUGGUGCCGCUAUUGGUGCUGUUGCUGGUGCGGUGGGUGCUGGUGCUGUUGGAAACGCUGUUGGUGCUCAACAACCUCUGCAAGCUCCUCAACAACAACAGCCACAGCAGCAGCCACAACAACAGCAACCUCCUCCACCUCCACCUUCGAGAAAGGUUCACAGCACAGGAGAUCCAAAGAUUAACAGGAGAGAUCUCCACUCUGGUACAUUCCAAAAUCUUCCUCCUGCCAGAGAGCUGAUGAUUCAGCCUCGUAUUCCCCAUGAUGAGGCAGGUACUCGUACUUCUUUGGUCAGUCAAAACACUGGCAAUUCUUUCUUCAGACAUGACAACCAAUUCAAGCAUUUCGGUUCUAGCCAGGCUCUUGUGGACGAAGGUCUUCAUACCUCCGUUGCUGAGAUCAUCAACGUUACCUUCAAGGAUGGAAAUGUGACCAAGGCUCACGUUCUUGGAGAAGUUGCUUUCAACUACAACUCUGUUGCUCAAGCCCACCAGGCCCAAGACAUUGUCAUUCCAGUGCCAUUCACGAAGUUCUUGUUGAAUGAGCAGUUCAUGCGCCAGGUUGGCGAAAACAAGUACAGCUUGGAUCUUUCUCAGAUUGCCUCGCGUACAUUGGGUGGCCUCAAAUACAUAGCUAACUUGAAUGAGAGCCAGGCACCUGUCGUGGUCAGACAAAUCUGGAAGUUUGAGCCACACCAGGCUAGUCUCAUCAUCAAGCUCUCGCAUAACCCAGUGUUUGGCCAGCUGGUGCAACUUGAAGGAUUGGUGAUUUCUGCUUCCUUGGAUCACUCUGCCCAAUCCACCUCGGCCUCUUCGAAGCCUGAAGGUUCAUUCAACAAAGACAAAAACAGAAUUACUUGGAGAUACAUGAGACCAUUGGUGUUGGAUGGUAGUGCGCCAGAAGAAAAAUUGAUUGCAAGAUUCACCACUAAUGGUCAAGCAUCUGAAGCUCCUACUGGAGUCCAGCUCAAGUUCAAUGUGGUUGACCCACCAACUACAUAUGUUCCUAUUUUGGAUGUCCAAGGACGCAGCAUCCCAAGCUUCAGGAGCUUGAGCACAGGUAGCUACAUCUCCCAUGCUUAA